CUUUUAACACUAAUAAGUUAAGAAUAAUACACAAGUGGGUUCUCUGAUAUAUCUCUGUAUAUUUCGGUGAGUGAACAUUUUGGUAGAAAGUAGAAACGAAUAGAAGAGAAUUGUGAAUUGAUGUGGAAGAUGAGAGAAGGAAAGGUUUCAAAAUCAGAGGAAGAAGAAAAAGGAGAAGCAGAGUACCACAGCAAGGAUUUCGACUGGGAAGACCUCCGUGCCGACGUCGAAAACCACCCCUCUUUUGUCCACCACUUUCAGUUUCAUAUUCAAUCUUCUUCUUCUUCUUGUUCUUCUUCUUCCCAACCAGAUUCCGACGCCUGGAAACGCUUUCACAUCCGCCAUUCCUCUGGCAAGUUCUUCAAGGAGAGACGUUAUUUGUUAAAGGAAUUUCCUGAAUUAGUCUCUUGCAAAGAAGAAAACUGCAAAGUUCUUGAGGUUGGAUGUGGUAAUGGCAGUACUGUUCUUCCGAUAUUACGUGGCAAUGAAACUGCCGUCGUUUAUGCUUGCGAUUGUAGCUCUGAGACUCUUGCGAGGGCGAAAGAGAUUGUAGAUGCCUCUAAUGUAAUAGCUUCUGAACAGCGUUUCCGCCCAUUUUAUUGUGAUUUUCCUGUUACCGGGUUUCCAUCUUGGUUGGCCUGCAACCGAUGCCGCGGGCCAUCUCUCCGAGUACAACAUACAUGUGUAUCAGAUGCUGGGGUGAAUGAUAAUAAGGCGGGUUCUGAGGAUUCAUACUCGUUGAAAGAAAGUGGAUGUUGCAUAGGUGGGGUGGAUUUUGUUGCCUUGAUAUUCACGCUGUCAGCAAUACCGCACAGGCAGAUGCCCGUGGCCAUCAAGGAGUGCUUUUCGGUUUUAAAGCCUGGAGGCCUACUCUUAUUUAGGGAUUACGGCCUAUAUGAUAUGACCAUGUUUCGAUUUGAUCCCGAGCAACGAGUGGGACCGAGGGAGUACAUGCGGUCAGAUGGAACCCUUUCUUAUUUCUUCUGUUUGGAUACUGUGAGGGAUUUAUUCGUGGGAGCCGGAUUCAUUGAGCUCGAACUAGACUAUUGUUGCAUUAAUUCGGUGAAUCAUCGAAAUGGCAAGAGCAUGCGAAGGGUUUGGGUGCAUGGAAAGUUCCAGAAGCAUGUUUGAAGUUAUUGCCAGAGCGCCCUCACUGAGAUAUCCUUCUUAGAGAUCUUCCCUAACAAUUUCUCUUCUACAAUGUAGUUACCUUUGAUUACGAUGCAGUGCAUAACCGGUCGACUGGUUACAGUAGCCCUAUUUUUGUGAUAUUUUGUAUGAAUCAACAGGUUUAUAAAAAUCUGAUUUUAAUAUUCUAAGUGAUCAACUGAUUUUAAAAAAUAAA